GAGACAUUUCUGAAUGCCUUCAUUCUUGUCGCCUUGAAUGGAUCCCUACUGUCAAGCUCUUCUGCCCUGAAAUUUACCGCCGGGUAUCUCACUCGGUAAUUCUCGGCGCAUCGCGAGCACCAAGGUUGGCGGUUCUCUUUCCUUUACUUUGGCUCUAUUUCUCAUGCGUCCAUCAGACACUUUUUGCCUCUUCUUUCGUCCUCAGAGGCCAAUUACAAGGUCCAUCAUCCGAGAUCCCGCCCCUCGCCGCUUCAAGUUCCAGGUCGCUAUCUGGCGAGAGGAUUCUCGUCCCCCCUUCUCUCUGUUCUUGCAGACCUUCGUCGCGCUCUGCCUUUUCACCCCUCCACACUUCAACCGGGCCAAGUUGUGGCUCAAACUCCAGAACUGAGGUGCCUCGUCCCAUCUCACCAAACUUUCCACGAGUAUGGCGGAUCACGCACCCGGCUCAGGGCCUGCUACAAAAGAACCAAGCUGCAUCAAUUGUGGCGGUGUUGGCCAUUGGGCUGUGGCAUGUCCGGAGCCGGUGAGAGCGAAGCCUGCUGGUUUGCCUCGGAGAAACACUUCAAGCAGUCGUGAGCGUGGCCGAGGGAGUGACCAUCAACACGGCGGAAGGCGACCAGGCGCUGUUGUGACUAAGUAUCCCGCUCCACCCACCGGCAGUCCUAUUGUCACUCGUUACGGCCCGCCACCGGGCCAGCCCCAUGCUCCUCCGGUCCCCAGACCCCCGCACCCAUAUCCGUCUUAUCCACCCUCGUCGGCCGCGUACGUGCCCCCGCCGCCGAGUAGCUACCCCGGCUAUCUUCCGUACCCGCCGCCCCCGCCUCCGGGCGCCUACCCACCACCUCCCGGCCCUCCUGGACCCUCGGCGCCGUACCACUACCCAUCUCCCGGCCAGUAUGGUGGACCCCCGACGGGGCCGACUGGGCCUCCACCCCCUUCUUACCAGCCACCGCCACCUUAUCCUCCCAGUGCUUCUUAUCCUCCCUCUUACACCCCUCCAUCUGGAUACCAGCCUGUCCCGGCCCCUCCCCCUCCUCCUCUUCCGCCUAGUGGGCAGUACUCUGCACCAUACAAUCCCAUAACAUCCGGAGGCUACUCUCCAUCCACAUAUGGGCUACCUCCGGCUCCACCGCCAUAUAGACCUCAGCCAGGCCCUCCUCCGCCUCCCCCUUCGUAUGCCCAGCCGUACGGGCCACCUGCUUCGGGAUUCGGUCCAUCGCCCCCUUUGCUCACUCCCCCUCGGGGUUCACCACCAGGUCUACCACCCAUCCCUCCUCACAGGAAUCAACUGUCGCGAGAUCGACACGGACGCCAUCGUCAAGGUCAUAACCACCGACCCGACCGCUCCCGCAAGAACAACAAGCACGGCAACCCUAAACGUGAUGCACCACAACCAAGACAGAAGUCGGACGGUAACAAAGAGAAGCAAGAGCCAGCCCAAGUGGUACCCGAGCCGAAACCGCUGAAAAUUGCAUCAGUACCAAGUGUAACAACCCCCGAAUGUCGACACGACAACAGCGUCUCUGAAGAAGGCGUCGAUGAUGACGAAGUCGAUUGGAUGUGGGAGGCCGAGAUGAUAUUCAAGGAGACAGACAACGCUCAUCAGCCAGACCCAAUCGCCAAGCCGCUCCCCGGACCAGAAGAUUACCAUGAUAACAUCAUGCUACCUCCGGCGUGGAAUGCCACGUGCAUGCUGUCCGAGUUUGUAACGGAUAAGAACCUCGAAGAGUUUUCACGGCCGAUCCGAGACACCAAGCAUUUUGCGUCUUUGCAACUUGACCCAGUGUUCUGGAGAGGCCCAUUUGAAUCGAAACCAGCUAGGCAAGAACCCGAGCCGCGGGACAGCAAGCCCGUUUCCUUCAAGUCCACCCGUCUCCCAGGGUUUCCUUCUCUUCCGCCGAAACCACCGACUCCGGAAAAUCGUGAUUACCGCUUGGUCAACAGCCGCAAGCGAACGUGGGAAGAGACGCCUUACAAGACCUCACGUACCAGAAGCAGCCAAGACGAUGACAGGGCAAGCCACCGUCAGAAACGACACAGAGGCGAUUCGCACUCUAGCUACGAUACUACAUCACCCCAUAGCCGGAGGACCAGGGAAGACUCGCGACCAAUUGACCGAUACCGGUCUCAAAGGCUAGACCGCGACGAGUCUGAUCCAACCGAUGCACUACUUAAGUCCCUGGAUGACUCCCAUGACGCUGGUCCUUCCAGGCGACAUGGCGGUGACGAGAAGUUUACUACCCGUCACGAUCUCGAUCGUAACAGCUCUCAAGAUGCGCGACGCCAGGGCUCGGCCAGUAGUUUUCACGAAGGACGGGCACCGCCGCUUCUGGGAACUCCGCCGCCAGAGGACAAUGCUCAACGAAGACAAGCCUCACGGUCUCGUUCUCGCUCGCGUCACUCCCACCGGCCCGGCUCUGGUAGCAGCCAUGCCGAAUCACGUCCAGCAUCUAGGCAGUCUGCGGCGUCGUUCGCAUCGCAUGGCACCGAAGACUCGGAGCUAUCGGCCCUUGAAGCCGAACUUCUGGGUAUUGCUCCUAAACCAAAAGGAGGUAAAGAGAGCAAGCAUGGCGGCCAUGGCUUGAAGUUCCGCAAGCGCGUCCCCAAGGUUGACUCAGCUUAUGGACGCCGGUGGUAACUCAUAUCGACCCUUGGCUCAUCCCGUUCGCACUCCAUCGGCGUUGGUUACAGCAAUUGUAGCAUUUAGAACAAAGGCAAUAACGUAGGUUGCCAGGAAGUUACUGCGUCAAUUUCAUAUCGUUUUCCCCUGAGAACGUAGAAAGGUUUGCUUUAUAGUAUGGCAACAUCGUCCGGUUGACAUAAGGAGACCCGAUAUUGUGACGGUCUCAGUUGGUGGCCAAAGAGUUUGCCUCGGAUUGGUAAUGACGUCCGUUAUGUGGAUAGAUACAUAGUUGGAUGUUGCUACUAUCUAUCGAGUUGCAUCACGUCCCUUCACAUGCGAAGUUCGAAAGCGGAAGGGUCAAUGCUCAUGGCUAGUCGAAAAUUAAGUUAUUGAACCAAGAUUUGAAAUAUUUUCUAUCAACUCAUCUGCCAUGUUUGCUGG